AACUCUUUAGUCUUUACUCUACUCUAUUGUAAAAAGUGUAAAAAAACAUAAAAAUUAAAAACAUCUUGCUUUGGUUUGUGCUUUUUAGAAUUUAGAUUGUGGAUUACUUUAUUUAUUGAAAUAAUAUAACAAUUUGAAUUAUUUAAUUAAUUUAUCAGUUAUGUCUUCAUACCAACUAUAUCGAAACACUACAAUCGGUAACACUUUACAGGAAAGCCUCGAUGAAUUGAUAGAAUAUGGACAAAUAACACCAACUCUAGCAGUAAAAGUGAUGCUACAGUUUGAUAAAUCUAUAAAUCAAGCCUUAUCUAACAGGGUAAAAUCUAGGCUAACCUUCAAGGCAGGAAAAUUAAAUACUUACAGAUUUUGUGAUAAUGUAUGGACAUUCAUGUUGAAUGAUGUUGAAUUUAGAGAAGUACAAGAAGUAGCCAAAGUGGAUAAAGUGAAAAUUGUUGCCUGUGAUGGUAAAAAUGUUGAUGACCGGAGGUAAUACCCAAUGCAGGAUUGUAAUGGAGAUUUUGUAUAAAAGUACCACUUUGCUAAAUUAUUAUUAACUAUUGUAAUAACAUGAAGCAUAUCUUUGGUUUUGUUUAUUUGUGUUAAGAGAAAAAUUCAAAUUAAACUGAUUAUUUAAAUCUA